GCGAUGAGAUUUGAAAACGUACAAGCUGUGCCGAUCAUUUUGAUCAUUUGUUUUCUUUCGGAGAUCGUCUCUAGAGUGGAGUUUACCAACAUUAAAUGUAUUUCCCACGACCUUGAAUUCGCAGAAGUUGAGUACUGCUAUUUGAAAUCUGUGAAUAGGAGUUAUAAAUAUGCUUCCAUGAAGACAAAACUUUAUAAGACACCCAUCAACGAUGCCACAGUCAACCUGGCAGUAUUCAAGCGAAUGAGUGGCUAUAAGCCCUUCCUCUACAAUGUUACUGUAGAUGGCUGUAAAUUUUUAAAGCAUAAAAAAUCCUAUCCUGUCGCAAAUUAUCUUUAUAGUUUAUUUGGUAGUCACUCCAAUAUGAAUCAUAGUUGUCCUUACGAUCACGACAUUAUUGUGGAUAAACUUACUACCGACUUUCUUAAUAGCCAAGUAACUAAGGUUUUGCCAUUUCCUGAAGGGGACUACCUCCUCAAAACAAAAUGGUUUGUGUAUGGCAUCCUUCGAGUUUCGAUAAACGUGUAUAUAACAUUAUCUUGA